CGCCGCUCGACCGUCACUCGACCGUCACAACUUGCUGCAGACCGUCACAACCCGAGCGGCGGACGCGUCAUGGCGGCAGCGUGAUGCUUCAUGAGCACUGACGGUCCGGCAGGAGCGGUGGGCUUCAAUAAGGAGAGCAAGGAGACCACGGCAGCAGAGGAUGCCACUCCUGAUUCACCUGCGAAAGCAGCUGACGGUGAAGCUGACGCUGGGUCUUUCACGAAGUUAACGCAUGCAGCAGAGGCGCUUGCAUCUCAUGCUGCGUCACAAGCUGCUGGUCUUUUCUCCUACAAGAAGGUCGAGGAAGAGAAGGCUCAGGAGCAGCGCGGUGCAUGCUGCGCCCAUGAGCCAAAGUCUGCUCAGCCUAGCGGAGCAGAGGAUGCUGCCGACGCACCUGCAAAAGCAGCUGCAGAAGGAGGUGAAGCUGGGUCUUUCACCAAGCUGACACACGCAGCAGAAGCGUUUGCAUCACAUGCUGCGUCACAAGCUGCUGGCCUCUUCUCCUACCACAAAGUCGAGGAAGAGAAAACCCAGGAUCCUGGCACAGCGGGACUGGCAGAGGCAGUGGAAAGUGGUUUGGCGGAGUGGACCCAGGCAACAGAGGCCUUCGCCACACAAGCUGCUGGUCUCUUCUCCUACACGAACGAAGAAGAGCAGGAGCCCGAGCUCCCCGAGGGCGCGCGCUUGGCCGACGCGGCGGAGGCCUUCGCGACGCACUACGCCGCGGUGGAGCGAUCGCCCGAGGGGACGGAGGAGUUUGCACGUCCGAGCUCUCCAACCUCCGACGACGUCCACGCAGAGGGCGAGGUGCAGGAUCCGGCGCUUCCGCUUCAACAUCCUGCCAGUGAGGACGUCCUGGAGUCGACUGCGGAUCCCACGAGCACCGAAUCCGCAGAUCCAAAGCCCACUCAGCCGACCGACCAACCCCGCGAUGGAAGUGUCAGCCAGUGGACCAGGCUCACGGAAACGGUCUCCCAAGCCACGUGGACCUUCAAGGAAUCGGGCUCACAGCUCACAGCGUCCCAAGGCCUUUUCACCAGUUUCGAAGAAGCCUGGGGGCGGCUCGCGUUCAAACCACAGGAGUCCACCGUUCCGCCGUCCAAGUCCGGCAUCGAGCUGACGACAGGCCCUCCAAAUUGGCCGUCGGGAGGUGCUGGCGCUGUGGCCAAGAGAUUCAAGCAGAACUGGAGGCGGUCGAAGCACAUGAGGAGGUCUGCAGUCGCCCCAUGCAACAGCUUCUCGACGCCGCCGAGCUCCUUGCACCAGGUGAGCCUGGCGACUCAGAAGUGCCAGGUGGCACCGAAGCGAGCGGAGCCAGCGGCGCGACCUCUCCUACGUCGCGACUGGUCAGCAUUUCCAGGAGUGAAUGCCUUGGCUGGCUUGAAGCAAUCGGUCAAGGACACCUCGGCUCAUGUGGUCAGUCAAGCCUACAGGGCUGCGGGUUAUGGAGGCAAACCGGAGACGCCGUUGACGCCCUCGAUGGAUCCCGUGGAGGUCUAUGGACGGAUCGAGGACACGGUCGAGACCUUGGUGCUGUUGCUCUUGGAUCCCGUGCUGAAGGGCAUUCCCUCCUUGGGCAUUCUCCCGGCCCGUGUGGAAGCUCGACGCAGUGUCGGUGAGCACGGCACCGCCGCCGCUGCGGUGGCUGCGCUGCGGGCGCAGGCAGAGGCGGAAGACUCCGAGUGUGGCAUGUCCCAACGCCUGGUGCGCAAGGUCUCGGAGCUGCUGGUGAUGCGCUUCCUGCCGGUGGUGGGCGCUGGCGCCUUCCUGAGCUACACCAUCUACUCCCGGCUGCGCCUGGCCGCGCUGGUCGCCGAGAUGAACGGUCACAACGCGGAAGAUCCGGAAGUGCAGGGCCUGCUCUUCUUCUGCAUUCUCCCCGGCGGGGAGCAGUCGCCCAGCGACGCCGAGACCGAGACGGCAACGGCGUCACCGUCAGGUCGAUCGAAGCCGGUGGCCCUCCGGGCGGCCCGGGGCCUGGGCCACGGCCUGGCGCGGCAGGUGCUUCAGAGGUCCACCGGCUGGCGCUCGGCCUCGGACCUCUAUGACCUGGCGGCCGCCAUUUGCUCGGAGCGUGAACCGGGAGAGGCCUGCGGGCCUCAAACAUGCACCGUGCAGAGGGCUCAGCUGCUGUUCCAAGUGUCGAAGACACGACACCCCGUGCUUCUGCUCCUCCUGGCGCUGGGCGCCGCGGCGCCGCUGCUGGUCACCUUGGUGUCUCAGAUUUGGCGCCUUUGCCCACGCGUGGGCGCCACGGUGCUCCUGCUGGGCGUCACCCUGCUGACUCUUUGGCGCUGGGAGCUCCUGGACGUCGCCUUGGAGCGGCCACAGUGGGUCUCCAGCGUGGUGCUGCUCGUGCACGCGGCCUUGCCGCUGUUUGCAGCCUUCUCCGCCACCCGCUUGGUCGUGGAGGGCUUGGUUCGGCCCGCAACGACGGACCACUCCUACCUCCUCUUCUUGCUUCUGGGAGUUUGGACGUGGCUUCCGCUGUGGCAGAGGAUGCAGGCCACCGCGGCACCACUGGCACUGGAGCAUGUCGCACAGCUUCAACGAGCACUGCUGGGGCUUUUGCUGGCAAUGGGCAGCUGGGACCUCUUGGGCACUGAUGCGUUGGCCUACCAUGGCUGGGCGGUCUUCGGUACCUUGCGCUCGGCGCAUUGGUUCUUGGGCCUCUUGCAGGUGCAGGCCUUGGAAUGCCAACUGCAGCUGGUCACCCUGCUUCGGCAACGGGAGGUUCUGCUGCAUGUUCUAGGCGCCACUCACAUGAUGGGCCUGGCGAUCCUGCUCUUUCUCGGCGGCAUCACCGCCUCCGUGGGCUUCCUCGUCUCCCGCAAAGACUUCCUGCACUUCGUGGAAACCUUGGCUCCUCCGCCCCGGAUCACCGCUGCCAUCGUCAUGCUCCGCCGGGAGAACGCGGUCUGCGCCUUAGCCUUGGGCGGUGCUGCAGGUUUCCUGUGGCAGCUCCCCCCAGGCUUCGCAUGGAUCGCCAAGACUGGUGGCUUGGCGCUGGGUGCCACAGCAGCUGGGCUCUUCUUCAGCACCUAUGAGGACUUUCGGGACGUGCUCCUGGACGCGUCCGGCGGCCGAUGGCUCCUGGUCUUCCCCGAGACCUCAGAGCGAGCGCAGGCGCAGGCUUCGGCGAUGUGGAGCAAGCUCAAGCUGGGUGCCGCUGGAGCAGCGGCCGAGAAGGGCGCCCGGUACAUUGGUCACGGAGUCUUAGAGCCCUGGCCACUGACCGGCACCUUGUGGGUGGGCAACGCAGCGGUGGUGGUGGAGAAGGUCGUGGAGGCCGGAACGCGCCAGGUGCCUGCCGAUGGCGACAUGUCAGUGCGACCAGACGUCCAACAAAAGACGCCGGCGGAGAUGGCGACCAGACGCUUCUCGCGGCCGAAGCCUUUCGUCGUGAAAAAGGUGAAGAACGUUUUGGAUCCUCGAAGUUCUGAAGUCCAACGCCGGACUGACUGA